GCCGCGUCGUUCUUCUCGCCGCACGCUUGACGCUUUGUGCCGCAGCGGCAGCAGCAGCAGCGGGAGCGCGGUGACACCGACACACGGACGGAAAGAGGCGGGAGAAGACGCAGCAGGGCUCCCAGUCGGACCUCAUCUCCAAAUGCCACCGGACACCGACGGAGGCCUCGGACCGGACGGACGGACAGCGGGACCGCGACGCACGGGGCUCACCGGGAACAUGGCGGCGGAGACGACGAGCUGCUCGGAGCGUCGAUAAAUCAGCGGAACGACGCGGCCGGCGGCGGCGGAGCAUCACUUAGCGCAGAGGCGAUGAGGGGAAACCUGAAGACAGCAGCCGGUUUCUGAGCAACGACGACGCCGGUGAACACCAUGGCCUACAAGAUCCCCGGGGCGGCGAUGGACCGGGUCAGCCUGCUGUGGCGUCUGAGGCGUCGGGCUCGCCGCGGAGCGCUCUGCAUGGCCUUCUUCUGCGUCUCCAUGGCGCUGCUGUACGCUCUCUGUGCUGAGAACAGCGUGCCCGUCACCGACGCCAUCUUCGGCAUCCGGGCUCGAACCCGAGCUCAACCUCGUGCACAUUCAGUCAUCAAGGUGCUGAGAGGCGGAGCCAAGCCCAUGUACAUCGACCCUCAGAAGCUCCCAGGUGUCGUCCCAGGUGACCCUCACCGUCCAAUCCCCGUCCUCUCCUCUCCGAACCACACCCACAACCUCGUGGAGUCGCCGUCGAAGCGGAGAUCAAAGGAGCGUGAGCCCUCCGGCUUCUUCUCUCGGCUGCUGCCGCGGCCCUUCACACGAGCGCUGGAGACCCUGUUUGGAGGCCGACGGAGGGGGGAGCUGAGCGGCAGGGGCGGGGACGCCGAGUUCUUCGGGCCUCACGGGCUUUUGGGGGAGGUGUGGGACGACGAGAUGUCCAGCAGCAUGCUGGGAAGCCGACUGAGGAAGGUGGUGCAGAACUACCAGGCGAUGAAUAAAUACGGAGUCCAGUUGUCGGGCCCUGGCGGCGUCUCCAGCCGGCCAAAACUGAGCGGUCCCGAGCUUCUCUGCCAGCUCAAGGACAACGUGGAGGUCACGACUCUGACCUCCGACCUCCAGCCCUUCUCGGCGCUGCCCUGGGCCGCACAGCUGCCGCCGAAGCCGCUGACCUCCGAGCUCGGGCCGUACAAGAGCUGCGCCGUGGUGUCGUCAGCCGGGUCGCUGCGCUACUCCGGACUGGGCAAAGAGAUCGACUCUCAUGACGCCGUGCUGCGCUUCAACGCCGCCCCAACCACCGGCUACGAGAAGGACGUCGGCUCUAAAACCACCAUUCGCCUCAUCAACUCGCAGGUGAUGGCGUCAGAUGACCACCGCUUCUUGUCCAGCUCUCUGUACAGCUCAGGUGUUCUGGUGGCCUGGGACCCCGCCCCCUUCUCUGCUGACCUCACACAGUGGUACAACCGGACAGAUUACCCCAUCUUCACCCAGUACCAGCGGUACCGGAGGCUUCACCCUCUGCAGCCUUUCUACAUCCUGCAUCCUCGCUUCGAGUGGCAGGUCUGGCAGCGGAUUCAAGACAACAUGGCUGAGCCCAUCCAGAAGAACCCGCCGUCCUCCGGCCUGCUCGGCACCGUGCUGAUGAUGUCGCUGUGUGAGGUGGUGCACGUCUACGAGUUCCUGCCGUCGCGGAGGAAGACGGAGCUCUGCCAUUACUACCAGCGUUUCUACGACGCCGCCUGCACGCUGGGCGCCUACCACCCGCUGCUGUACGAGAAGAACCUGGUCAAGCGCAUGAACCAGGGCUCCAACCGCGACAUCUACACUCACGGACGGGUCACGCUGCCCGGGUUCAGCAGCCUGAACUGCACCCAGACGGCCGGAGGAGAACCCGACCACUGACUGGAAGAACAGAAAGCAGAACCCUGCAUGAAGAACGAGGACAGACGCAUGAAAACUUCAUAACCACUGCCGAACCAAAACAAACGCUGUCUAUGAAUAUUACAUGUUGAUCAUACAGGCUGUAAACACAUCAGUUUACCAUCACACACAAACACAAACACGCUCGAGUCCAAUCAGCUGAUCGAUGGGCCAGCCACAUAUCCUUAUGAGGACAUUCCACUUAGAAUUAUUACACGUUAAAGGACCACCACUGUUUUGGAAAGCAACCAAAAGUCGUGUUUACUUAUUAGUACUGCUAAACAUUAGCUGCAGUCCUGAAUUCUUAGGAGUAAAUUUCAGAGCAUUAACAAUCCAACAUUAAAAAAAACCCAAAACAUGAUGUGGUGCAAAAUUAACAGAAAUAUGUUUUUUUCUGAUCAUGUUUUUGAUUGAUGUCGCUAUUCAGGACAAAAAUCUGCUCACCACUUAUAUAGUAAAAUUAUUAGAAUAUUGCUAUUUUAAAUCAAGUGACUCUUUACAGUUUAUAAAUACGUGCUUCCAAUCAAGUUAUCUUAGAGUUUAACAAUUAUCGAUCCAUAGCAAACAAUAUAAGGUCUGAUAUCAGUAUAUAAUGAUUCAUUGCACAUUAACCAAAUAAAACCUAAAUUAUCUGUCAUAGUAAACAGUUUAACUUUAUUUUAAUACUCGAGACUUAACUAAGAAACAUUUUCCGUCACAGUGAACGAGUCAGGUCUUUACAUUUCAACAGUCUGUCUCUUAAAGAGUCCGUAUUCUGCAUAUUUACAGGUUUAUAAUGUUCAAAAACGUGUGGUACUGAUCUCAUACUGUAUUGAAAUGUUCUGAUUAGUCAGCUGGCACCGUGAACUCUGACUAUAGGCCUCUAAAUUGCUGCUUAAACCCCAAAGUUCAGCCAGAAGAGACAUGCAGAAAUCAACAUGCAAAGGUUUCACCCAGUGGCGUUAGUUGCUUGCUUGUACCGUCAAGGACUGAGUUCAAGUUGCACCGAAGCACUAAAGGUGACAUGAUGAUCGUCUGUUACGGGACAAAGCUGAACAACCGAAAGGGAAGAAUGGUCAGUCAAGUCGAUCCAGGAAAGGAUUCAGGAGGGAGAAGGUGGCCCCAGUCAGUCAGGGAAAGCCAAUUAAAGGUUUAGCAAAUGCUAACACUAAAGAGCCACUGAAUACAAGAACGUCUGCACCAAUGUGGCAAAGUAUUGAGGUUGGCGUUCAUGGCAUUCAGUCUUCAAGUCUCCACAACAUCUGAAUGUCCCUCAGCAUCUCAGUUCCAUCAAUGCUAAUGGUACCAUUAGCCACUAUAGCUAAUGUGCUAACACCAAGGAUUUUCCAAUUGCUGUGCAGCAAAUCAUCAAAAAUAGAAGUAAUCCUCUUUAUCUUUAGUUCCUCAGUUUCUGGCAGUACAUAGUAACUCUUGUGUUCACUCCUGCAGCCAACUGCAGCGCGUUUUCUUUGCUUGUCGCUGAAACAUUUUUGAAAUAAAGAAGCAGCGAAGAAAAAAUGUGGGACUAUGAGGCAGAUACUCAUCCUUAGUUUAGCUAGCUGUCAGGCAGGUGUUACGCAAAUAUGAUGACAAAAUUAAGAGAGCAAGCAAAACAUUUACGUUAAAUGGGGCAUUUAAGGUCAUGAACAAGCUUUGUAACUUUGGGUUUUGUAAGUUUGCUUGCAAAAAAAAUAACAGUAACAUUCAAACAGCAGACGAUGGGCUCUUUAAGACUUCCCUGUCCUGUCUGUGGCUACAAGCUCAAAGCCUGUUGGUUCCCACUGAAGACAUAAAUUUUUAAAGCCACUUCAAAAAUAUCUAGUUUCUCUUUUUAAAAGCUGUUCCCUGAUUUCCUUCGUUGUGCAUUUAUUGGGGAAUAUUUCAAAUGUCAGAUUAAUCCACUUUUUUGAACCAAAAAAUCCCUAAACACUAACUGUGAUGCUUUGGUUGUCUCUAAUCUAAAACCUGAUGGGAUACUUUUCUAAAUAUACAUCAGUAAUGCUAAGUAUAUAGACUGUAAUGUGCUAAAUCAGUGGUAUGGUCCUUAAGUUAAUCAAAAAUGUCCUUACACAGGUCUAAAUGCACCUCCGACCAUGCAGACCUGCACAGAGAGGGCUUUUACCUUUGAAAUGUGCAUAAUUUAUUAGUCAUUCUGUCACUUCGAUUUAGAUUUUUACUUUGCAAAGCUGUCGGUUGUAUAAUUUCCCUCUGAGUUCUUCUUUGAGAUGCUUGGCGGUUCCAGAGGGUUUUACUGGUAGAGUCACUGCAGGUACAGAUUUCUAGAAUUUCCAGAUCAGUGGAUCGAUCAAUUCUUCACUGCCAACACAGCUUCCCGGACAUAAUUUUACAGCAUGAAUUUUACGGCCCUAUUUUCAGGGCUCUUUGUUUAGUUAGCUGGAUGUCGAGGCAUAGUCAGAGGAAACUAUAUUUGGCUUUUUGGUCACUUUGAAAUGGAAAUUUGCCAAAAUAGGACGUAAACAUCCUCAGAAUUAAAGUCAAAUCAUAAAAUAUUACAGAUACAUACCAGCAGUCAGCUAGCAGAUUCCCUUCACUUCCACUGUUUGUGCUAAGCUAGGCUAAAUGCGUCCUUGUCCUGACUGUUUCAAUCCAUCUCAUGGUCAGACGGCAGAAGACAAUGAAUGAAUGAAUGUCUCCAUGUGGCACACGCAUCUCCACACCUGUAUAAACACCGUAUUGAACCUAUUUAUCAAAGAAAAUACUGCCUGUGGAUGAGCUGACUUCUAACCCAACAAUAUGUCACUCAAGUAAAUUGAUUUUGUACCAGUAUUGUCUACCCUGUAACAGCCUACUCUCAGUAAUCUUUUUUGUAAUUCUCACGUAGUGUAUAUAUUGUUGACCCGGUAGGACGGUCUUUACUGUGCUUCUGUGGCUCAGUAAUGCAAAACAUAACAGAGUUUUACUUCCAAAAAUAUUCAUUUGUUCAGUUAGAAGAACAAAAACUGUGGUUCAGUGAAACGUGUUUUAUCGAAAUAAGUUUUUCAUUACACUACAUGUUUUGUUUAAUUCAUGACGAAUAGUGGCUAAUGGGGAAGUUUUUACUGCAUUAGCUUCUUCCAGCCUUAAUGCUAAGCUAAGCUAAUUCAGUUACUGCUUCUGGUUUAUAUAAUGAACAAAUACAAGGUUUCAAUCAGUUUAAAAAUUAACAUUUAAGCAAAUUAAGAAACAACAAGCAUUUAUAGUACUGCUACUACCACAAAAAAAGUGUUGUAUGUUUGUUAAGCCAGUCUUGAGUUAGCUAGUAUCAUACUAUUGACAGGUUACACAUUCACUAGCUCAUAUAUGAACAGUUUUAAUAUUUAGACGUAAAGCAACAUAGAAACAAAUGGAAAUGAAGUCUUAUCUCCUCAUAUUUAUCUUUAGCUAGCUGACGUUGCAGAUGUACUUUCAUUGAAAUAUUAAUGCUAACCAAAACCAAGCAAAGUUAGCUUUUGCUGGUGGUGACAAAUAACCAAUGUGUGUACUAAUGUCCAAUCUUGUGGUUGACUAACACAAUAAUAACUAUCUUUCUACAGAAGCUUCACCAUAAAUGCUAACUGAUGCUAAGCGUAUGCUAGCAGAAGUCUUGUGUUAUUAGAAAACAUACAGGGUCACAAUGUUUUCACAAUUAAGAAAAUUCUCAUAUUACAUUUUAAAAACCUGCAAAUUGUUUUUCUCAACCAGCUGCUAGCUUGGCGUGCUAAAUACCAUCACUUAGUGCCAUUUAUUUUAGCACAAUGUUGAUGCUAAUCGCGCUUUCAUCGGUUUCCACUUUGCUGAGACACACAUAAUUUAGCUAAAUUAUUAAACCUUUAUUACCGUGUAACGUGUUCUCUCUAUCUAAAUGCAAAAGUAUUCUUUCUAAUAGUAUGCUGGUGAAGCUAGUAUCAUAAACCUAAAAUUGAGCUGCGUAGCAUUAGCCUAGCUGACUCUUUCACUAGUUAGCUAACUGAUAAUUUCUCCUUGACUCAAAUGUUUCAGGAAUUAAAACUCUGUUUUGCUAAAAUCUUGAUGGUUUCUGUAUUUUCACAGCACACAGUAAAGACGCACCUCUAGAGCACUUUUAUGCUAUUUAUACCGAUGCAUGUGAACCAUCUGUAAAAAUUUUCUCCUGAGUAGUGUAGCGACUGGAGAAUUAAUCUCUGAUAAACAGAGAAAGUAAUCGCAUGGCACUGAUGCAGCUCAUUGUUUUUUCUCCACAAUUGACGUUAAGCCUGUCUUUAGUAGCAUGCAAAUGGACAAAGAGCCUGGUAUUCGUGUGUGCUGCUCCUUGGACGGUGGUUUUGAUGUGUCUCAAAUACUUGAUUUUUCACGCUUUCUAUCAGGACAAACUGCAAAAAGCAACACAGGAGCUCACACUGAAUGUAAACACAGGGAAAUGUUGAGAGUCAGUUUUAUUUUACUUUAAAUAUAUGAUUUAAACCACCUCAAACUGAGACAGUUUCACUAGCGCUAAAUGCAAACAGCUACUCUUGCUAGGCUAGUUAGCAAUUAGCAAGACCAGAUUAUCUGGCGUUUCUCUCUCACUGUAAUCAGAUGUAGCUUCCUUCUUUAUGUGGUAUAUAAAUUUCCAAACUGUUGGAGCAUGAAAUUAUUUUUUCAAACACAGGAAAGUGUGUAAAUUAGCUGUAGCAAAGGCUAUCUCACCAGCUAGCUGUUAUUAGCCACAUUGCAGCCACUGCAGUUGGUUUUUACAUGCUGUUACUUUUUUUUUGUUCACGUCAAUUAUGCAUUUCUAUGGGAUAAAAAUUUUCUACAGUAAGGUAAAUAUAUAGUAAUAUAUAGUAGCUGCUUUUUGAAUAUACACAAUGCUAUCACACUAAGUUUCACAUAAAUCUGAGAAACAAAAUGGCGAUGUUAUUGUUUUUCUAAUUGCUUCUAGUUUUUACCGGAACUUUAUAAUUUAUUGAGGAGGCAAACACUUGAAUAAUUGAUGUCAUUGCAGUUCUGAGGAAAACUAGGAGAAAAUUUUCUCCCUAUGCACUCUUGUCCCAAAUCAGCAUACGUUUUAAAGCCUUCUGACGUUUUAUUAUUUUAGCUUACAGAUGCACUUUUUCCUCUGCUUUGCCUUCAUCCUCUUGGUUUCUAAGAGGGCUGGUUGCUGUUGAGCUGUUAAAUGUGAUUUUGUGUGGUUAAUGUAUUUUCCAUGUCUUUCUUCAUUAGAUUUUCUUUCUUCUGUUCUAAUGGACUCUUGAUACGAGAACAAAAUUGCAAAGAAAACCAGCCGGCAUAGAAGCAUACAAUGACUUUUGUGAGCAUUUCACACUGGCGACGUUGAUUUUUUUCCACCAUCUGUUCCUGUUUUAGUUCAGCUUUCCUUUAAUUAAUUGUGAAAUAUUAAAAAAAAAACUGAAAUGUAAAUACCAAAAAUAUUAAUUGCUUGUACUUAAGUGAAGGAUGGUUGCAAAUAAAAUAAUGUGUUCUUUUUAAAAAUGUUGCUGAAAUCUUGUAAAAUCAUGAUGUUUGGCCUUCUCACUGCGGUCCUGGAUUAGGUUUGAAGGUUCCCACACUGAUUAAAGGAAUCAAAAAGAAACACAACCUUGUUAAC